AUGUAUCCGCUCUUUUAACGGUCCCUUUUCCUUUCAACGUCUCUCAAAUUGUCCUUUCGCAUCACCCUCUUCCACGGUUCAAAUUUCGAGAAAACCACUCUUUUCCAACGCUACAUUUUCUCUCUAAGAAUUCUUCGGCAGAUUGCUUCUUCUUCAGAUCCUCUUCCACCACACUUCGCUGAUUUCUACACAACUUUUGCCAUAUACUCGGCUUGGCUUUGCUUUCUCUACUUUAUAAUCAAACCAAAACUUAGAGCAGAACAGACAGACACCAUCUGUUCUUCGGGUGAAAUUUCUUCAAGAUGUCUGUCACUCAAAAUGAUCCACUUCUACCACUGGAAACUACUUGUGGGUCACUACUUUAUGAACUUCAGAUAAUAUGGGAUGAAGUUGGUGAGUGUGAAACUGAGAGAGAUAGAAUGUUGCUUGAGCUUGAACAAGAGUGUUUAGCGGUUUACAGAAGGAAAGUUGAUCAAGCAAACCAUUCUAGAGCUCAUCUGAGGCAGGCGAUUGCUGAUUCUGAGGCACAACUUGCUGCCAUCUGUUCUGCAAUUGGAGAGCGGCCAGUACAUAUAAGACAGUCUGAUCAAAAGGCUGUUAGCUUGAAAGAUGAACUCGAGCAAAUUCUUCCACAACUAGAAGAAAUGCGGAAGCGGAAAUCCGAGAGAAGAAAUCAGUUUCUAGAAGUCCUAGAAGCGAUACAAAAGAUUUCAGAUGAGUUAAAUGGGUAUGAACAUUCUUCAUCAAAGGUAGUGUUGGAUGAAACUGAUUUAUCAUUGAAGAAGCUUGAAGAAUUGAACAGACAGCUUCACGUUCUCCGGCAGGAGAAGAGUGAUCGAAUGAAACUGGUUCACAGCCACAUGUGUACUUUGGAUUCACUUUGUUUGGUGCUUGGCAUGGAUUCCAAGCAGAUAGCUAUCGAAGUUCAUCCCACUUUGGGUUUUGACGGACCAAAAAAUAUAACUAGAAACACCAUAGAGCAGUUGGCUGGAAUGAUUGAAAAACUGCGAGAGAUCAAAUUACAAAGAAUGCAGAAGCUUCAAGAUCUUGUAUGUGCAAUGUUCGAGCUGUGGAAACUAAUGGAUACUCCAGCUGAGGACCAACAGAUGUUUCAAAAUAUAACUUGUAACGUAGCUGCUUCAGAAGAUGAAAUAAUUGAACCUAAUGCUCUCUCUGCUGACGUUAUCACACAUGUUGAAGCAGAAGUUUCCAGAUUAGAAGAGUUGAAGUCAAGCAGAAUGAAAGAACUUGUUCUAAAGAAGAGGUUGGAGCUAGAGGAGAUGUGUAGGAAGCUUCAUAUGGUCCCAGCAGAAGAUUCCGCUAUUGAAUAUGUUAUUGAUGCAAUAGAUUGUGGAGCUUUGGACCCUGCUUGUGUCCUUGAACAAAUUGAAAGUCAAAUUCUUAAGGUCAAAGAAGAAGCUUUUGUCAGGAAAGAAAUUCUUGAGAAAGUGGAGAAAUGGUUGGCUGCAUGUGAAGAGGAGUGCUGGCUUGAGGAGUACAACAGGGAUGAAAACAGGUACAAUGCAGGAAGAGGAGCUCAUCUUACUCUUAAACGUGCUGAAAAAGCUCGGGCAUUGGUUAAUAAACUUCCAGGAAUGGUUAAUGCAUUGACAACAAAAACCAUGUCAUGGGAAGAAGAAAGAGGCAUCGAAUUCACCUAUGAUGGCGUUCGACUUCUCUCAAUGCUUGAAGAGUACACAAUUUUAAGACAAGAGAAAGAGCAAGAACUCCGAAGGCAGCGGGACCAGAAGAAACUCCAGGGGCAACUAAUGGCAGAACAGGAGGCACUUUAUGGGUCAAAACCUAGCCCAUCGAAGCCUCAGAGUGUGAAAAAAGGUCCUAGAAUGUCUACUGGCGGUGCUGGUGGUGCAGGCAGCAGGCGAUUUUCCCUUGGAGGAGCAAUGCUUCAAACUCCUAAGCCCGAUCCUCAUAAAGGCCUCCGACCCGCAAGAAAAAGUGACAGGGGACACCAAAGCAACCAGAAUUUUCACCUUGAUGAGGGAUUUGUGGAAGGUUUAUCAGCUGGAAGGAGAGGCUUGGAUGUUGCUGGCCUCCCCGUAAAGAAGCAUUCAUUAGGUGCCAAUGCUGGUGAAGCAGAAUCACCAAUGGUGGUCAGAAAGCCGUUUGCUCCCAUUCCUACCACACCCGCCGCCACGCUUUUCCCGAACUCGACGAAUUCGUUGAACGAUCUUGGCGAGAAGUUGCAGAAACUAAAUAUGUCAUCCAAAACUCCUAUAAAGACAACUUCUAUUUCAGAAGAAGAGAUCAAGACGCCGAAGGUAAUGCCUAUCCCGGUGCCAUCCACACCUUUCACCGUGUCGGUUCCGAUGCAGACGGCCGUGACCCCGGCUCUGUUGCGGCCGCCGCCUCGCAUUAAUGAAGAUGUUCUUGAAGUCAUUGAAUAUUCUUUCGAGGAAAGAAGAGCUGGGUUUGUUCUUCCAAAACUGCUGCACGUCAAGUCAAUCAUACAAGUUUGAUACAAUACAAACUUUCACUUUUCUUUCAAAGAAUUGAAAUUUCUUGUUUCUUGUUUCCUCCUCCUUUCAAAGUCAGUUUGUAAUUUGGCUUUACUUGAUUUGUGUACAUAAACCCAGUAUUGUGAAGGGUUAAGAUUUGCUUUCAGUUAUCAGUUGAAUUCCACUCAUUUGUGAGGA